CCUUUACAACCACUACGUGAUGAUUUGGAUAUUUCCAUUUAUGAACAAUUCGAACAAGAUUUCAUCAAAUAUAAUCAAUAUGAAAAGGCUAUAGAAUUAAGUAUAUUGGAUCUUAUUGCAACUAAUAAAUUCAACUCAACCGCCAUUAAAAUUAUCAUCAUUGGACCAGGAAAGGGAGGUAUUCUUCAUAAGUUAAUCAACGUUGUAAAUAAAUUUAGUCAUCAAACAUUUAAAAUAUAUGCCUUUGAGAAGAAUAUCAAAUGUAUACCAUAUUUGCAUAAAUAUAAUCAACAAAAUUGGAAUAAUCAACUCGAAAUCAUUCAAGAUGAUAUAAGGAAUCAAAAUAUAACUAAUGUAAAUUUAAUUAUAUCUGAAUUAUUAGGUUCAUUUGGUGAUAAUGAAUUAUGUCCUGAGAUUUUACAACAAUUUAAUAAACCACAAACAUAUCCCAUGAUUAUGAUUCCAUCAAGUUAUACAUCAUAUUUACAACCAGUUUCUACUGAUUUAACUAUCCCAGAAUUUGAACGACCUUAUAUUGUUAAAUUAACCAAAUAUAUUCUGCUUUCCCCAUUCAAACCCGUAUUUGAUUGGGAUUAUCCUGACCCAUCUUUAUCAAGCUUAGACAAAGUAACAACAGCCUUGAAUUUUAAGGUGGAAAAUGGUUUACUUGAUGUAGUAACAAUCACUGGGUUUUAUGGAUAUUUCACAGCGGAUUUAUAUGGACAUUUAACGAUUCAAAUCAUAAAUGAUGAAGAUAGGGAUACAUAUUGUAAAUCGUGGUAUCCAUUUUAUUUCCCCAUUGAUCCAGAAGAUAUCGACAAUGGUACUUCAGUUGAAUUUAACAUUUGUCGGAUUAAUAAUGGUGUUGAUAAAGUAUGGUAUGAAUGGGAGUUUAAUGAUAAGGUAUAUAAUAAAAAUGGGAAUCAUUAUUAUAUAGAAUUUUAA